GUACAUUGGAGGACGGGAAUUUUUGAGAAUAAAAAAACAAAAACAUACAUUGAUAUGUUCUCUAUGGUUGAGACAAUUUUUUGGUUUAAUUUAGAAGUCGGAAAAACUUAAAAAUUAGUGAAAAACAUGUAAAGUCUUUGAAAAUAAAGAGGAUCAAGAAAAAUAUGGGGCAAAUAAACAGCUCAAAUAUUCAAUCGCUGUUACCUAAUAUUUAUUCGGAAUUAUUCAAUAAAGAACCUAAUGCUUUAAUAGCUAAAGAAAUAAAAGAAAUGGACCGGGAAAAGUUUCAAGAAAUUAUUUCAGAAUUGAAUUCCUUUUCUAGAGACUAUUUUGAUAAUGAAGGAAAGCAAAUGAUAUUUGCAGUGCGGCAAGGAUCUGAUCAAUGUAUAUUAUGGAAAGCUGUGGUUGAAAUUGCUUGUAUUAAAAUUGAUCCAGAUUCAAGUGAAGUAAAAAAUUACAGAACAUUAUCUUUGGUUGAAUUAAUGAAAAUAUUUUAUUCAUUAAAAUAUCAAAAUGCUGCUAAAGAUCAAAGUGAAAAGGCCUGUAUCACUUAUGAAAAGAUAGUAUCUCAUGCUGACAAUGAUCCUGUUAUGUCUUCAGAAUGUACAAUUUGCUUAGAAAGGAAAGUAGAGCUUACAUUACCUUGUGCUCACAGCUUUUGCUCACAAUGUAUAGAAGAAUGGAGUUCAGAACAUCAUACAUGUCCAAUUUGUCGAGAUAAAUUGGAAAGUACUAGUGACUCUUGGGUUCUUUCAGAGAAACCUGAAGCUGAUGAAAUCAGCCAGGAGCUUAGAUCGAAUCUUAUAAGGCUGACAGAGGAAAAAAAAGACUCAUGUACUGCAUCAUAGAGUGUGGAAUUGAUCGUAAUGUACUGUAUAUAAAUUUUUAUAAUUGAGUUAUUUCUUCUUGUUAUGAUCAAUAUUCAAAGUGUUAAACCCAUAUGGAAUUUACUAUUACUGCGUUCGGCAAUAGCAUCCAAGACCAGACAGAUAUUUUACUUAUGUGACCACAGAUUGUUUGUAUUAUCAAGAUUUAUGAAAAUAUCCUGAAAUAAGCAAACAGUAGAGAGCUUCUGGUAUUCUGUCUUAUGUUGUUUUUUUGUUAUUUGUAUCCCAUAAGAAAAACUUGAUGGUUGAAAUAUAUACACAUUAUUUAUUAAAUAAAAACUAAGCACACAAAUAAAAAAGUAGCGUUCAGCUAAUAAGUAUUUACAAGUUA